CUCCAUCUCACUAGAGAACCAAAAGAGGAAGUUUCGAGGAAGUUGCAAAAGUAGCUGCUAUUUAUAACAGUAGUCUCCAAGCCCUUCAUACCAUCCUAUGAUAACAAUACGUCUUUCAUUAGUGCUUGAGUUUGCCUUUCGGUAGUAACACUUCUAGAAGACGUAACAUUUUGGCCUGUUGCACCAAUCCAUAAUGGCUUCGUCCCAGGAACCGCGGCUUCUUGAGCAUGGCAACCUUAAAGGUUUAAGCAAGGAGAUGCGACACGGCCGCACUGCUCACAACAUGUCGUCCUCUUCUCUGCGCAAAAAAUCCGACCUCACUCUCGUUUCCAAGCUUCGAUGUGGAUUGCUUAGAAACUUGUUAACUAAUCUUCAAGAAGUUAUUUUAGGGACAAAACUUUCAGUUCUUUUUCCCGCCAUCCCACUUGCUAUUCUCGCUGAGUGUUAUGGCUUUGGAAGACCAUGGGUUUUCGCUCUGAGCUUACUGGCUCUUACUCCUCUCGCCGAACGAGUCAGCUUUUUGACAGAGCAAAUUGCUUACUACACUGGUCCAACAGUGGGAGGGCUCCUGAAUGCAACAUGUGGCAAUGCUACAGAACUCAUAAUAGCUAUCCUCGCACUGAGCCAACGCAAGAUUGAGGUGGUGAAAUAUUCUCUCUUGGGUUCCAUUCUAUCCAAUCUGCUUCUUGUUCUUGGGACUUCUCUAUUCUGUGGUGGGAUUGCACAUCUUAGACCAGAGCAAAAAUAUGAUAGAAAACAAGCUGAUGUAAACAUACUGCUUCUUCUGCUGGCAUUGUUGUGCCACAUGCUGCCAUUGUUGUUCAGAGUUUCCAGUGCCUCCGCUGCUCUCACCGCCAUCCCAACACUCCACUUGUCAAGAGCAAGUAGCUUCGUAAUGCUUCUAGGAUACGUUGCAUACAUUAUCUUCCAAUUAGUGACACACAGACAAUUGUUUGAAGCAUCAGAGGAAUCAGCCGAUGGUGAUGAUAAUGAUGUGAUCUCAGAAGAAGCGCCAGUUAUAGGAUUCUGGAGUGGAAUUGUUUGGCUGGUUGGGAUGACUGCUGUCAUAGCUUUGUUAUCAGAAUUUGUUGUGGGAACAAUUGAGGGUGCUUCUGAUUCUUGGGGCCUUUCAGUCAGCUUCAUUAGCAUUAUCUUGCUACCAAUUGUUGGAAAUGCAGCAGAACAUGCUGGUGCAGUCAUAUUUGCUUUUAAAAACAAGUUGGAUAUAUCGUUAGGUGUUGCUUUGGGUUCCGCAACUCAAAUUUCUAUGUUUGUGGUUCCACUGUGCGUGGUUGUUGCUUGGAUAAUGGGUAUUGAGAUGGAUCUUAAUUUCAAUCUCCUUGAGACUGGCACUCUUGCUCUAGCAAUCAUCGCUACAGCAUUCACUUUACAGGAUGGUACUUCUCAUUACUUGAAAGGAUUGGCUUUGCUGCUUUGCUACUUUGUCAUUGGAGCAUGCUUUUUCGUAUCCAAAGCACCCCUUCAUCAAGGAAAUGUCACCAAUUUUGGAGUCAAGACAGCACCUGGAGUAGUCCUCACAGCUUAGUGCACGAGAUUGAGGCUCUCAUGGUGAGUCCCUAGAUGAGGAUGGUCACAUUCAAAUAUCUAUGACCACUUUGGAUGCAUUUGUUAUUCUUUCAUUUUCAUUCCGCCCCGACGAUGAUGAUCGAUGGAUGGAUGAAUCGCCUGCCGGAAAGCAAGCAUUUUGUGUUUUGUUUGAGAUUAUAUAUAGUAGCCAUGCCUUCUUAGGUAAAAUGGAAGAUUUUAUCACACCAUUGUUGCCUUAUGAAGACAGGCUACCUACUGUAUAUGUCAUGCUGUGUAGAUAUCCUCUCCUAAGUGUUUUUGUAAUUGGGGGUUUGAUUUCUUAUGCCAAUAUAGAGAGGAUUGGCAGAUGACACAAGGGUGGGGUUUUUCUCUACUCUUGUAUUCAAAUAAUCAAUAAAUUUAUUUAGUUUU